CAAAAGUUAUGUAAUCAAAUGUUGCCUGAUCACCGUGUAAAAUCAAAGAACAAUCCGCAAGAAAGUGGUUCUCAUUGCUUUUUCGGGUGCUAUAUAUUUCUAUGUGAUCAGAAAACCAAGAUCAGGACAUGACACAUAUAUAGUUCAAGACACAUGGAAAGCUCAAGCUCUAAGGUUGUAGUUAUGAAGCCAGUUCUGCUGAUCGCUGGGAUUCCACUGGCUAUCUCUUUGGCCGGUUUCAUUGUUGCAAGAAUUGCAGCCCGGAAGUCUUGUUUCCGUCUGACGGCUUCAUCAGCUUUGUCCCAAAGACAAGAAACCGCUUCUAGAGUUGAGGAUGAUUGUGCGUUGGAAUCAUCGGUUGUGGACGAUAGUUGUGAAUUGCAAGAAGAGAUUUUGGGGUUGAGAAGCAGAAUUGAAGAAAUGCAAGAUAGAGAGUUGCAGUUAGAGAAACGUUUCCUGCGGUAUCAAGACUUGAAGGAUCAGGAAACGGUGCUGAUGGAGCUUCAGAACAAGUUGAUGUUGGAGAUCAACAGAGUUGAGUUUAUGGGGCGAGAAAUUUUAGUGUUGGAGGCAGACAACCAGAGGUUUGAUGCUGCUGUAGUCGAAUAUUUGAGAGUUUUGAGGCUAUUGGAGUUCUCCAAAACAGAAAAUGGGCAGCUUAGUAAGAGGGUUGAGAAGCUUUCGAGGAGAACUAAACAACAGUCUUGGAUUUUGAGGAAACAGAUUCUGCAGAUUAUGUCUAAGGAAACAGAGAUAUCAAGAAACAGAAAGGAGCUAGAAGCGAAAGCUGAUUGCAUCAGGCUGUUGGAGAAUGAAAUCAAGAAGCUGAAACUAAAUACUGAGCAGUUGGAGGGGAAAAAGAAUGAACUCUCGGACAAGUUAAGGGCAGCUGAAGAAUCAGCCAUAUCAAAGGUAGAAGAAGACAUGGUGAGCAGAGAGCUAUGUGAUCAAUUAGCAUGCGAAGUAGAACGACUACAGAGAGACGAGGCAGCUGAAGUUGAAGAACUGAUAUACCUAAGGUGGUGCAACGCGUGCUUAAGGCACGAGCUGAUGAGGAGGAAUCAAGAACAAGAACGAAAGGAGGAUGAUAGGCAGAUGGAGAACAAUCUUGGAGGGAUUGUAGAGAUUGAAGAUCUGGGAUCAGAUAAUGAAGUAAGUAGAUCCAUCGUGGGACAUGGAGACUCGUAUUUCGGCUUCAUGAAUCGGAACCAAGCUCAUUCAAGGAGACGGAAGCUACUAGCAAAGUUCAAAAGAUGGGUGGAAGGUAGUGAGAAAGAGAAGCAUGGAAAUAAAUGCUUUCGCAGGCGUUCAGCUUCUGAUGGGGUAGAAGAAAUGUAUCUUGCUGCAAGGAAUUCUUGCUCUAGUGCCUAGCUAUAGUGAACUUCGCACUUCCUGAUGAAAUGUUGUUG